AUGCGAAUGGAAAAUAGAACUUCAACCUCCGAUUUUGUCCUCCUGGGGCUUCUGAUCAGCAGUGAUGUGACAGGGAUCAUUUUCACAGUCAUCUUUGCUAUUUUUGUGGUGGCCGUAACAGCAAAUUUGGUCAUGAUAUUCUUGAUUCAAGUGGACUCCCGCCUCCACACCCCCAUGUACUUUCUGCUCAGCCAGCUGUCCAUCAUGGAUACCCUUUUCAUCUGUACCACUGUUCCAAAGCUCCUGGUGGAUAUGGUUUCUACAGAGAAGACCAUUUCCUUUGUGGCCUGUGGUAUCCAGAUCUUCUUGUACUUGACCAUGAUUGGUUCCGAAUUCUUCUUGCUGGGCCUCAUGGCCUAUGACCGUUAUGUGGCUGUCUGUAAUCCCCUUAGGUACCCAGUUCUCAUGAACCGCAAGAUGUGUGUCUUGCUGGCUGCUGGUGCCUGGUUUGGGGGCUCACUUGAUGGCUUUCUGCUCACACCCAUCACCAUGAAUGUACCCUACUGUGGUUCCCGCCAGAUCAAUCAUUUUUUCUGUGAGAUUCCCGCAGUUCUCAAACUGGCCUGUGCUGACACAUCUUUGUAUGAAACCCUGAUGUACAUCUGCUGUGUCCUCAUGCUGCUCAUUCCCAUCUCUAUCAUCUCCACUUCCUAUGCUCUCAUCUUGUUCACCAUUCACCGCAUGCGCUCUGCCGAGGGCCGCAAAAAGGCCUUCACAACAUGUUCAUCCCACCUGACUGUGGUAAGCAUUUUCUACGGGGCUGCCUUCUACACAUAUGUGCUGCCCCUGUCAUUCCACACACCUGAACAGGACAAGGUAGUGUCUGCCUUCUAUACCAUUGUCACACCCAUGCUUAAUCCUCUCAUCUACAGUCUCAGAAACAAGGAUGUCAUGGGGGCACUGAAGAAGGUAUUAGCACACUGCAUACCUGCUUGGAAAGUAGAAACAAGUGAAACAUAG